AUCAUAGAAGUAGCUCUCGUUUCUCUUCUUUUGCUAUUGAUUUGAUUAUUCUCCGAGACAGGGAGAGAGUCAGAGGCAAGUGUCUUUAGAGUCCCGAGUGAGUGAGUGUCGAGUCCUCAGGUAGCUGAAUAACAGCUGAGAAAUGAUGAUUUCCUGCAAUUAAGGUAGGUCAACUACAACCUUAACCAAUUUCUCCAGCAUACUUCCCUUCAAUGUGACUGCCCCAGACAUCAUAACCCUUUUGUUUUUCCACCAAAGUUUGGAACUUUAAUUUUUAUUUUUUUGUUUCUUCCAGCAAGUGCAAGGAUUUUAUGUGCAUGUUCAUUGUUUGUCAAAAUGUCUGAGUUGGGUUGAACACCCAAAUAAGCAAGAUUCCAACUUCAUAUCAAGCUGUACACAUAGUUGCAAUAUCCAAAUACUGAGAGUCACAAGCCACGUAUUCUAGAAUGUACUGGGUUAACUUCCAAAUCUGUCAUAGUAGUGAUGCUAUCGAGAUCCCCAAAAUCCUACCUUUACCUUCUUCCUCUUCUUGUUCUUGUUCUUCCCCUUACAAGAAACAAUUAGAAUGAACCCUGCAGUGAUUUUCAUCAUAGUGAUCUUAGCUAUUGUGUUCUUGAUCUCUGGUAUCAUUCAAUUGGUUGUUAGAUUCCUUAUGAGGCAAAGGUCCUCUUCUUCGUCAAUUAUACAAUCAAAUAGGUUCCCUGACAUGUCUGAACCUGAUGCAUACCAGAGACAGUUACAGCAACUCUUCCAUCUCCAUGAUUCAGGCUUGGAUCAGGCCUUCAUAGAUGCUCUCCCAGUUUUCUACUACAGAGAGAUCAUAGGUUUGAAGGAACCAUUUGAUUGCGCAGUUUGCUUAUGUCAAUUCUCAGAACAAGACAUGCUGAGAUUGCUUCCACUUUGUAACCAUGCUUUUCACAUUGACUGCAUAGACACAUGGCUCAUGUCUAAUUCAACUUGUCCCCUUUGUAGAGGGAGCCUCUAUGAUCCAGGGUUUGCAUUUGACAACCCAGUUUAUGAAUUUGAGGGUCCAAUAAGGGAAGAUGGGGUUUCAGGGAGUGGUGUUGGUGUUGGUGUUGGUGAGGCUGGUUCUGCUAAUAACAAACAUGGAGAAAGUCACAUAAUGAGUGGGAAAAGGGUGUUUUCUGUUAGGCUUGGGAAAUUCAGGAGCUCAAAUAAUGGUGAAGGUGUGGUCAUGGGAAGAGGUGAAGGAGAGAGUAGUAGUAGCACAAGUAAUUUUGAUGUGAGGAGGUGCUUCUCAAUGGGGUCUUUUCAGUAUGUGGUUGCUGAUUCAGAUUUGCAAGUGGCUUUAUGCCCUGACACCAGUGGCAGUAUGAGAAAAUUGAAAGGAAGAUUAGCUCCACAGUAUGGAAAUUCUUCUUCCAUUGAUGGGGAUAUUGAGGGGGAAAAGAUCAACAUUGCUAGAAAAGGUGAGAGCUUUUCUGUUUCAAAGAUUUGGCUAUGGUCUAGGAAGGAUAAGGUAUCAAAUUCCUCACCAGAAAUUCAUUUGGGUAAUUCUCAUGUCACUGCAACUUUGCAUGGAUGAAUAGAGGGAUCAAGAAGUAGCCAUCUGUUUUGUUCCUGAAUUUCGAGAAAAGCUAUACUUGGUUGCUUGAAUGAAGAAAAAAAGAAAAGCUUUGCUUGUUGUGGUCUUAUGAGGAAAAUGAAGAGACAGAUCAAUGUAGUGAUUAGCAAAAAAACACAAUGACAAGAGAUGAUUUCAACAGUAUUUUAGAAUGUGGUCCCUUGGUGCCAUGUGAUGUUUUUAUUUCAGUGACAAAAGUGAUAUUUAUCAGCAAUUUCUUGCAAUGAGUAAGAAAGAAACUAAAGUGUAAGUGUCAAACUAGGAGUUGCUUUUUGGAUGCUUUGGUUUUCUGCGGAGGCAUGCUUUUAUUUUAAACUUGUUUGGGUUAAAAAGAAGUGAAAGAAAACAAGCAAAGCGUUCUUCCAUUCCUUUUCUAUGUCAUGGUUAACAUUUUGAUCAUUAUUAAUAUGAAAAGAUGGGUGGAAA